AAUUUGCAGACUUGUAAAAAUAAUCCAUUCAAUAGGGGUUUAAGGCAUGUCUCUACAAAACCCUCAUCUCACCUGAGACAAGACAGAAACUUCAACACAGUAACCUACCACCUGCUAUCAUCAACCUGAUACUUAAACAUGUUCACUCGCUCCCCAACAACCAAAAAGUUAUUCUUUUUCUUUCGUUCACACAAAUCCCACUUCUCCACUAACAUUGUUGGUGAAAAACCAGUCCUUGUGAGAGAUUUUAUACAUUCUGCACUAUAUGAUCCAAAACAUGGGUACUUCUCUCAAAGAUCAAGGUCCGUUGGAGUUCUUGAGAGAAGCAUUAGGUUCAAUCAACUUGAAGGAAGAAAAGCUUAUAUGAACCACUUGGAUAAAAUUUACAAGAGGAGUGACAUCUCAUGGUUUACUCCAGUAGAGCUUUUUAAGCCUUGGUAUGCCCAUGGAAUUGCUGAAGCCAUAAUGCGUACAUCACAACUUUCUGUUCCACUACAAAUAUAUGAAAUUGGUGGUGGAUCAGGAAUUUGUGCAAAGGGCAUUCUAGACUACAUAAUGUUGAAUGCACCUGCCAGAAUAUACAACAACAUGACUUACACCUCAGUGGAAAUCAGUCCCUCUCUGGCUGAAAUACAAAAAGAAACUGUAGGAGAAGUUCGUAGUCACUUGUCAAAGUUUAGAGUAGAAUGUCGUGAUGCUGCUGACAGGAGUGGAUGGGGGGAUAUCAAGCAACAACCAUGUUGGGUGAUCAUGCUGGAGGUUCUCGAUAAUCUUCCACAUGAUCUUGUCUAUUCAGAAAAUCAGGUUUUCCCAUGGAAAGAAGUAUGGGUUGAGAAGCAACAUGAUAAGGAAUCACUCUUUGAGCUGUACAAGCCACUAGAAGACCCAUUAAUUAAGCGUUGUGUUGAGAUCGUGGAACUGGGCAAAAAUCAGUCCGUGUCAAUAGCAAAAAGUGUUUGGUCUAAGGUCUUCCCAAAACCUCGAAGAUGUUGGCUCCCAACUGGUUGCUUGAAACUGCUAGAUGUGUUACAUGAGGUAUUACCAAGGAUGUCCUUAAUUGCUUCAGACUUUAGUUACCUACCUGAUGUGAGUAUACCUGGUGAAAGGGCUCCUUUAGUUUCAACCAAGAAAGAUGGCCGCAGCUUAGAUUACAACAGUUAUCUGGACACAAAGGGUGAUGCUGAUAUUUUUUUUCCCACGGACUUUUGGCUUUUGGAACGAAUGGACCAUUACUGCUCUGGGUGGAUGAAACCGCAUGGGGAUAACUCAACCAAGCAAGGGAAGAAGAGGCGAACACUAGUGCUCGAUACAUCAGCAUUCAUGGAAGAGUUUGGUUUGCCCUCCAAGACGAGAACCAAGGAUGGAUACAACCCACUUCUGGAUGAUUUCAAGAAUACCAAAUUUUAUCUUAGUGUCCCAACUCAUAACAUAAAAUAGGCAGUCUGCAAAUCGAAUUUCCAAAAGAUGAUUUAUAAGGACACAUCAGGUUGACGAGGACCUUGUACAGUCUUGAUUGCAUCAUCUGAAGAGAAAUGAGGUCUAUAAACCAAGAGAUUUGGAGGCCAUUUAAAUGGUGAUGAUCUAUGUGAAGCACUUUUUGCCUUGUUAUGCAGUCACGUGUUUGAAUUUUGCAGAGCCAUUUAAAACUCAAUACAUUCAAACAAUUGUUCUGGGAUGUCUAUUUGCAACUGGGGACUGCAAGCACUUUUUGCCUUGUUAUGCAGUCAUAUGUAGUGGAAUUGUGUAGAGCCAUUUAAAACUAAAUACAGUCAAACAAUUGUUCUGGGAUGUCUAUUCUCCAAGGAGGAAACUCCACGGUGCAACUGGACUACAUGUGCUGAAGCUGAGAAAGGGAGGUUUGCUGAUUGGAACCAAAACACCAGAAGCUCCGAUGCAAGUAAUUUGAAUUUAAAUUUUUUCUCCUGUUAUCCCAAAUUUCAUACCUUUUUCCCCCCCAAUAAAUGGCCCUAAAUUAUAUUUGUUA